CUUCUUGAUAUAUAUAUAAAGGUGGUGAAUGAGUUUGGUAAUGUUAACAGAGUGUAAAACUUCUGAACUGGUGACUCCAGCCACUCUAAACUUGGAGAAGUUUAUAUUCUCUGCAAUUAUAAUGGCAGCUCCUACUCUUACUUCUCACACUCUUGAAAUGGAGGCUUUAGAAGUGGCCCCAUUUCUGUUCAAUUCCACUUUGGCCAAGGCAAGUCUACUUAGCACCUUCUAUCGUUAUAUAUCUUUCUAAUCUAUUGAGCUUUUGUUUCGCUGCUAACAAAAUCAGCACCAGCAGCCUACCCUUUUGUUAUAACAGCUUAAACUUUUGGAUGGAAUGGUUGUUUAACUAAUUUAACUGUAGAAAAGAUUCAUACUGAUGGAGUUGUAAUUUAGUGGCAUGGUAUCAGACAGGUUUCUCUUCUUCCUCUCUCUUUCCGCUUUCUUAUAGUUUUAAAUGGAAGCCUCUUUCUUUACAUUUUAUUUUUACGAAUGUAAUAUGUAUUUAUAUGAUCUACCUAUUCUAUAUAUGACUAUUUUUUUCUUAAUUUCUUCCUUUUAUUAGAUUCUAUCACAGUGUGUUAUUAGUUCUGGGCAGCCUAUCCAUACCAAUAAACAUGCUUAUAGAUAUUGAUUUAUUAUUAUUAUUAUUAUUAUUUUUUCUUUUUCAUUUCAUAGAUUACUCUGUUGAAUUUGCAUAUGGAUCAACUGUCUGUAUUCGCUUCUUGGAUAUAUGUUCUGUUCCUCAUUUGGUUUCAAAUAUAUGUGAAAAUUCGCUUUUGAUUGCCACGGGAGAUUCUGGGUAUACAAAUGACUAAUUGGAGGAGAUAUGUAGAUCUCCAAUUCUUAGAAAUCGCAUGGUGGAUUAUACGCAAGUCUAAACGGUAGAUUUGUGUCUCUUUGUUUCUGGGUGUUUGUACAUAUAAUAUUUUUUGUAAGACACAUGUGUUCUUGUAUAACAGGACAAAUCAUGUUCGAGUUUUUUUAAUUUUACAAGACUGGUCAUUUUCUUCUCUGCUAAGUCUUUUUUUUUUUGGUUGAUUAUCAUGCUUCUCUUUAAUUGAUGGAAUGAGAAUGCAUAUCAUAGUAAUUGUUGACUGUAGGAACUUAUAUUUCCUCAUAUGCAGUAUGCUUUUCUGUAUGUGAUUAAAUCCUCUUUUUAGAGCUACAACUGUCAGUGUGCACAUUAGAGAAAAUUUAUUGCGCCAAUUAAGUUGUAACUUCGUGUUGCUAUUACUUCUCUUUGUAUUGGCAGGAUCCGUCUAUUACUGAGAAUGAGAUUACAGAAGAUGCUACAUACGAGAUCACAUCAAUUCCAGAACAUGACCAGGGUAACCAAAUGCACAUUGGUGGACUGACUACCACAUGUUCAUUUACCAUUGAACAAGCUUCGCAAGCAUUUCAAAGUGCUCAAAAUUCUGAAGUGGAAAUAGCAACUGAGGAAUCAAAACUUCAAAGGCACAUUAACUAUCUCUUGGAAGCCACAGAUGACCCUGGAUUUCGAGCCACAAUAUUUAGUAGCGGUGAAGACACGAACUAUUUGCAGCUUAAGGUUGAUGGCAUGUUGACUGAUCAUUCAGUGGCAGUAGUUAAAAACUGCCUUCAAGCUGUACCAGCUGUUCAAAGCAUAGACAUAGAUCCUGUACUCAACACAAUUUCUAUUUCUUACAAACAAGAUAUCCCUGGUUUUAGGAGUUUUGUCCUAGUGAUUAAGUCAACAGCAAAUGGGGAUCUCAGAGCAAUGAUUUUUCCCGAAGGGACAAGAGGAAAAGGAAGAGGAAGUCAUAUGCAAGAGGAAACUAAACAUUUUCGAUGCUUACUGUGGAGUCUUCUGUUUUCUUUUCCUUUAUUUUUAGUGUCCAUGGUUUUUGAGUAUAUCCCAUUAACUAAGCAUGUAUUGGAUGGAAAAGUAGUUAAUAUGCUGACUAUAGGAGCAAUUUUGAGGUGGGUGCUAUCGGCUCCUGUGCAGUUCCUCAUAGGAAGGCAAUUCUACGUAGCUUCCUUUAAAGCAUUGCAGAGUUGCUCUGUUAAUUUGGAUGUGUUAAUUGCCUUAAAAACAAAUACAGUCUAUUUAUUUUCAGUCUACUCUGUGAUGAGAGCUGCUUUCUCUCCAGAUUUUGAAGGCAAUGAUUUUUUUGGGACUAGCUCAAUGUUUAUUGCGUUCAGUCUCCUGGGCAAGUAUCUUGACGUUUUUGCAAAUAGAAGAAAAUCUGUAGUUGUCAACAAGGCGCUAGAAGCAAUAAUAUUAUUGACUCUAGAUGAGGAAGGCAAUGUGACUGGCAAAGAAGCAAUUGAUGCUGGGCUCAUGCAACAAAAUCAUCUGGUAAAUCUGAACGAUGGCUCGAUGAUUGGAGGCACUGAGACUGAGAAUAGAGGGUCGCGAAUUAAGGCGACAAGAGUUGGAUCAGGAGGCACUUGUCCCGUCGAGUCAACUUGGGAGGGUAAAGGUCCUGUGCAGGAGUUUGCCGACAAUUUCUCCAAAUAUUUUGUCAUUCUGGUUAGCGUUUUGUCAAUUUCAAUUUGGCUUGCCUGGUUCCUAGCUGGACAAUUUCAGGCUUAUCCAGAUUCUUGGUUGCCACAUAACACAGAUAGGUUUCAUCUUGCUCUGCAAUUUGGGAUAUCUGUUAUGUUAAUAGCCUCUCCAUGUGCUCUCUUUUUGGCCAUUCCAAUUGCUGUCAUGGUUGGUACUGAAAUUGGCGCAUUCCAUGGCGUUCUGUUUAAAAGCGGCCAAGCAUUAGAAAAUGCUCGCAAGGUAAAUCGGAUCAUAUUCAGCAAGAGUGCACUUACAGUUGGCAAGCCAGAGGUUGUCAGCACAACGCACUACUCUAAAGAUAUGGUAGUUGGUGAACUUUUGGAACUUGUUGCUGCAGCUGAGGCCAAGAGUAAACACCCUUUAGCCAAAGCUAUAUUAGCAUAUGCUAGGAAAUGUAGAGGAGAUGAAAAGAACCUUGUCUUGCCAGAGGCCCAAGAUUUUGUCUCCAUCAUUGGCCGAGGAGUGAAAGCCGUAGUUCAGAACAAAGAAAUAAUAAUAGGAAAUAGAAGCUUGAUGUUUGACCACAACAUUGUCAUUCCAGUUGACGUUGAAGAGAUGCUUGCAGAAACUGAAGGGAUGGCUCAGACAGGGUGUUUAAUUGCAAUAAAUCGGGAAGUAACUGCACUUAUAGCCAUAUUUAAUCCACUGAAACCUGGCACAGAGGAAGUUAUUACCAUUCUCAAGUCUAUGAAGGUUCAGAGCAUCAUGCUGACAGGUGAUAACAAGGGAACUGCCAAUGCUAUUGCCAAGGAAAUUGGGAUUGAAACUGUUAUAGCAGAAGCUAAGGCUGAACGUAAAGCAGAGAGAGUAAAGAAAUAUCAGGAUGAAGGCAAUGUAGUGGCAAUAGUAGGUGAUUUUGUAGAUGAUUCACCAGCACUAGUGGUAGCAGAUGUCGGAAUUGCAAUUGGUUCAGGCACAAAGAGUGCUACAGGGGCAGCUGACAUUGUCCUAAUACGGAACAACUUGGAAGAUGUCAUAACUGCGUUGGACCUGUCCAAGAAGACUUUUAUUCAUACUCGUCUGAACUGUAUUUGGGCUGUCGGUCACAACCUCCUUGCUAUUCCAGUAGCUGCUGGUGCCCUUUUCCCAGGAAUAGGACUUCGUUUUCCGCCGUGGAUUGCUGGAGCUGCAGCGGCAGGUUCUUCUGCUUGGCUGGUUAUAUGCUCGUACUUGUUGAAGAGAUACAAGAGACCCACGCAGCUGGAGAACCUUAGCAUACACGGAAUAAAGACGGAAUAGUAUAGCGGCCAUCAUUUUAAACUCAGAUUUCUAGUUGACAUUGCAAACAAAGUGAAGAAGCACACAAUUCCUGGAUUUAUGGCUUGUUUGGUGAAUUAGCGGGAUACAGAAUGGUAAACUAUAAUAUUUUUAUUAUUUAAAUACUCAAUUCUUGAAUUUUUCCAUUCGAACUCCGAAAAGUGCCCAGCAACCGGGUGUUCGGACCCAGUGAUUUUAAGUUUCUAAUUUGUACCCAUAACUUGGAUCACUCCAUUUUUUUCCCCGAAUUUAAUUAAUUGUCUUAAUUCAGCUGCUUUUGCCUUCAA